AUGGAGUCCAAGGAGAUGGACGACCUUUGUGGAGACGUCUUCUGGGUAUGUUAUCUUGAAAAUUUUGUUAAUUUCAUUAAUAAAACAGAACUUUUGGUAGAAUCUAUUAAUUAUGUUGUUUUAGGACUCUAAACAGUUCAACAGUUCUAAGAUACCUACAUUAACACCGUGCUUUCACUACACUCUGCUCACAUGGCUUCCAGCCUUGUUCUUCUGGGUAUUAUGUCCAUUUUUUAUUGCUCAACUUUACAUUACAAAUAGGAAAAGGAGGUUUGAACCUCUGCCAUGGACAAUAUUGCUGGUGAUCAAAAUGGUACGUCUUGUUACCUAAUUUUAUUAUUUAUACUUGUGUGUAAAAAAGGUUUUUUAAAAGUAAAACUUUUAUUUUAGGGUUUAACGAUAGUUUCUGUGAUAUCGUCGAUACUGGGAUUGGUUCAAUAUUUUGGAUCAACUGGGACUGAAAUCUACUUCUGGUACCCUUUGAUAAGAGCUCUUACCUUUGUUGGACUGUUGGUCUCACAAUACUUUUGCAAGGUUGUGGGUAUAGUGUCCAGUGGUAUCAUUUUCAAUACCUUGUUGAUGCACGUUUGUUGUGCACUGCCGGAAGCGUAUGCAUGGAUUGAUCGACUGGUCGGAGAUGGAGUAUCUUUUAUCUAUAAAUAAUUUGAUUUUUUGUGCUGAAGUUCGUUUUUAACGUUUUUUAUACAAAUAGGUAACAUAAUAUAUAAAUUCAGGAGCUGAAUGAUCUUCUGAGUGGCUACAGAUGUUUCCUGUUCUUUGUCUUCUACUUGUCAGUUGUUACCCAAAACAUUGUUCAGUUCUGGGCAGAUCUUCGCGAUGGCUACAGGGAGAAGUCAGACAUAUCUGAUGGGAUUCCGUCUCCAGAAUUGGACUCUUCUUACUUCUCACGGUUGAUUCUGUGGUGGUUCAACAGAAUUCCUAUUAUUGGGUCUUCUCAAGCCUUGUCAACAGAUGAUCUUUUCGAGCAGAAUAAGGAAAUGAGGAGCAAGCAUCUGAUACAGCUGUUCGACCAUUACUGGAAGCCUAAAAUUGACUGUAUGUUUAUGUUUAUUAUAAUAUUAUAGUUGAAUUGAAAGGUAUAAUAUAUAAACCUUUGUUUCAGCUUACAAUGAAAAGAAAAGAAAGUUGAUCCAAGAAGGUACAACAAUAAAACUGCUGAAUGGAGAUGCUAAAAAUGGUGGACUCAAUCGGUUAGUUUAACUUUUUAGUGUUGUUUAUGUUUAAAACAUUAAACAAAUAACUUUCAGGUAAAAACUAUAGUUUUAUAUAUUAUAGUAGGCUUUGAUAAUAUAUAAAAUAUGGUUUCAGAAAGUUGUCAUCAACAGAUAUUGAGGAAAAAGACCUUAUCACUAAGCCGUCAAUCGUUUUCACACUUUUCCAAAUGUUUAAAUUCGAAUUUUUGGCAGCCGGAGGUGUUAAGAUGUGUGCCGAUGUACUACAGUUUGCCAAUCCGAUGUUGUUGUCUCUUCUGAUAAAGUUUGUUUCAUCUGGAAAUGGAUAUUUGUGGCAAGGAUUAGGACUGGCCAUUGCUAUGUUUAUUGCCAGUGAAAUACGAUCAUUGAUGCUGAACUGGUACUUCUACAUCAUGUUUAGAAUGGGAGCCAAAAUCCAGUCGACACUUACUGGAUCUGUAUAUAAAAAGGUACAUUAAAUUUUUAGUUUCACAUAAUGUUAAUGACUUUUUUGAUAUUUUUACUUACUAUUAAAGAUAGUAAAGGCUAAAAUACGAUUUCUAGACUUUGAACUUGUCAAGUGCAGCACGGCGGAACAGAACGGUGGGAGAGAUUGUGAAUAUAAUGGCAAUUGACUGUGACCGUUUCCAAAUGUUGACAGCUCAGAUUCAACAGUAUUGGAGCAGUCCGUUUCAAGUAACUUUGGCGUUGAUCUUGUUGUUCAAUACUUUGGGAGUGUCUGCUCUACCCGGUGUCUUCAUCAUGGUGGUAUUUAUUCCAUUGUCAAUCUACUCAUCAAUCUGGUCACGUAAAUUCAUGACAAAGCAGAUGAAACUGAAGGAUCAGAGGACAAAGAUGAUCAACGAGAUUCUGAAUGGAAUUAAAGUCAUCAAAUUGUACGCUUGGGAGAUACCUAUGAUAGAGACAAUCGAAGCUAUAAGACGAAAGGAGUUACAUUGUAUUCUGUCGUCCGGAAUGAUCAGAAUGGGUGUCGAUACCUUCAACUUUGCAUCACCGUUCUUGGUGGCUUUGGGGUCGUUUGCCACCUACACUUUGAUCAGCUCUGACAAUGUUCUAACACCUGAGAUUGCCUUCGUAUCUUUGACCUUGUUCAAUCAGCUGAGGUCUCCGAUGACUAUGAUUGGGCUCUUAAUCAAUAUGACAGUUGGCGCAUUGGUAUCUAACAAGAGAAUCAAGGAUCUGUUAACAUCAGAAGAGGUCGAUACCAAUUCUGUGCAUCGUACAAAUGAGAAAAAGGAAGAAGCUGUUGUUGUUGAUAACGCAGACUUUUCAUGGGACGGUCUGAGUGGAGGUGUACCUACAUUAACUGACAUUAACGUCAAGGCCAAGAAGGGGCAAUUGAUUGCUGUUGUCGGAAAAGUAGGCACAGGAAAGUCCAGUCUUCUCUCAGCGUUGUUGGGAGAGAUGGAGAAGUUGAAGGGAGUCGUUGGAGUUGAUGGAAAGGUCGGCUACGUUCCUCAACAGGCGUGGAUUCAGAAUAUGAGUCUACAAGACAACAUUACCUUUGGAAGACAGUACAACAAGUACUACUACAACAGAGUGGUGGAUGCGUGUGCUUUGAAGUCGGAUUUGGACAUGCUGCCUCAGGGUGAUAGCACUGAAAUUGGAGAAAAGGUGGGUAGUGACUAUUAUGCACUGAAAAUAUUAAAAACAUUGGUGAUACAUUCAAUUUUAGGGUAUAAACUUGUCUGGAGGUCAGAAGGCUCGAGUAUCAUUGGCCAGAGCUGUCUAUCAGAAUGCUGAUUUGUAUCUUCUGGAUGAUCCACUUAGUGCUGUAGAUUCUCAUGUUGGAAAACACAUCUUCGACAAGGUUAUUGGGCCAAAUGGGUUACUACGAAACAAAACUAGGAUCUUGGUUACUCACGGUGUCACGUUCCUCAAGGAUGCUGAUCUGGUUAUUAAUAUUGAAGGUGAGAAUAGCAAGUGUUGACAUUGUUAUCAAAAAUUGUUUAUUAAUAGUUAACGAUACUAACUAUUUUUAAAACUAAUAAAAUUACGAUUAAUCGUGAUGUUUUAGAUGGGCAGAUCAGUGAAAUGGGGACAUAUUCAGAAUUGAUGGCAUUGGACGGGCAUCUCACGAAGCUGAUUGCUCAAUUUAAGAAAGGACAUGACUCUCAGUCGAUCAGUUCUGCUGACACUUUGAAUGUAAAGACUGGAAGAACAGCUGACGAGAUUGGAGGUAAUCAAAAUUUAAAUUUUAUAUUCAGCGAACAUACAAUAAAAUCAAAGUUUGUUCAUGUAAACUUAUAUGAACGUAUUUUUCGUUAAAAAUUUAAAUCUAAAGGUAAUUUUAACUUAUAUUUCAAUUUCAGACUUUGAUGACUCUAACUUGUCGAUUGUGGAAGACGAUUUGGAUAACAAUGUGGGAUUGGAAAGACAAUUCUCAACUAUAUCAACUAUGUUCAAACGAAAUAUGACUGGAAAAGAACUCGGAAUGAAUAAGAGGAUAUCGGAAAGUGAACCAGAAGAGAGACUUAUCAAGAACGAGAGUCUCGAGACAGGCAGAGUAAAGAUGACAGUAUACUGGGUCUACAUCAAGGCAGCUUCUAUCUUGUUGUCGUUGUUGUUUAUCUUCUUGUUCUUCUCAUUUUCUGCUCUACAGUUGGGAAGGUCAUUGUGGCUAUCAGCUUGGUCAGAUGAAAACGACUACGCUCUCCAUCACCCUAAUGCUACAUCGUUGACGUUGGGAGUGAGGCUGGGAGUGUACGCUGGAUUUGGAUUUUUGGAAAGUAAGAAGUACAUUCUUUAUCUAUAUCGCUUGUUAUUUUAUAUAUUUGUUUUAUUUACAAAAUAUCAUUUUUGAUAUCUAAAAUCAACUUUCAGCUGUGGCCUUCUUGUUCUCCAUUGUUUGUUUGUUGUACGGAGCUCUGAAGGCGUCCAAGAAUCUGCAUUCUCCUGUUUUGACCAGAAUCCUUCACGCUCCGAUGGCUUUCUUCGACACAACUCCGACUGGUCGUAUCUUGAACAGAUUCGGUAAAGACGUCGAUGUAUGUGACGUGAACUUGCCAAUGAACUUCCGUUACUUCUUACAAACUAUCUCUCAAGUUGCGACAACUUUUGUUGCCAUUUCAAUUAGUACUCCGGUCUUCAUCAUAUUGGUAGUGCCAUUGACAGCCAUUUACUUGUACGCUUUGAAGUUCUACGUACCUACUUCUCGACAACUGAAGAGACUCGAGAGUAUCAACAGAUCUCCAAUCUACUCUCACUUCAGCGAGUCUAUCCAAGGUGUUACCACGAUCAGAGCCUUCGAUAAGAACAGUGAGUUCAUCACUGUUAACAACAACUUGGUGGAUGCUCACCUGAAGGUCAAGAGUUUGAGUUUUGUUGCGAAUCGAUGGUUGGGCAUCAGAUUGGAGUUGAUCGGUAACAUUAUUACCUUUUCGGCCGCUUUGUUUGCCGCUCUCAGCGUGGAAUGGGGCUUUGUGCAGUCGGCUGGUCUGGUCGGAGUUUCAGUAUCUUACGCUUUGAAUGUAAGUUUGUUUAAGUUUUAUAUGUUAGUUUGUUUAAAAUGGAAAGCAUAUAUAUUGUUAAUGGUUUGGUUUAGAUUACAGAGGUUUUGAACUUUGCUGUGCGACAAAUCAGUGAAUUGGAGACGAAUAUUGUGUCAGUAGAACGUUUGAAGGAGUAUUCUGAAGUGGAUACGGAGGUAAACUUACAUUUAUUAAUAUAAGAUAGAAAAAAUAAUGUUUUGUGGUAUUUGAAAUAAGUUAAAUGUGUUAUUUUACUGUGUAAACUGGAUUAUUUAAGGCCGACUGGAUUGUGGACAAUAAGCGAGUGCUCUCUGGCUGGCCGAACAAUGGAGAAGUCACAUUCAACAAGUAUGCGACGAGAUAUCGACCAGGACUUGAACUGGUCAUCAAGAACAUCAACGCUGAUGUCAGUCCGAGCCAGAAGGUUGGUAUUGUUGGUCGAACUGGAGCAGGAAAGUCAUCAUUAACACUGGCUCUGUUCAGAAUGAUCGAAGCUGCUGAAGGGGAUAUUACGAUAGACAAAGUAAACAUAUCAGAGAUCGGGUUGCACGAUCUCAGAUCUAAUAUUACGAUUAUACCACAAGAUCCGGUCUUGUUCAGUGGUACUUUAAGGUUCAAUUUGGAUCCGUUCAAUAGGUACGUCAUUGAUGUUUUGAAAAUAGUUAAAAUUAACUUAGUUUUGGUUAUUUAAAAAAGUUAAAACGCUUGAAAUAAGAUAGUGAUGUCAUUGUUCAACAUGAUUUGUAGGUAUUCUGACGAGCAAUUGUGGAAAUCGUUGGAACUGGCUCAUCUGAAGGCGUUCACAACAUCUUUGGCUGAAGGACUUGAACAUCCUAUCACAGAAGGUGGAGAUAACAUCUCUGUAGGACAACGACAACUUGUAUGUUUGGCCAGAGCUCUACUGAGAAGGUCCAAGAUCCUGGUGUUGGAUGAAGCUACUGCUGCUGUGGAUCUGGCUACAGAUUCCCUGAUCCAGGAAACGAUACGAAAAGAGUUUGCCGGAUCUACUGUGUUUACCAUCGCUCACAGGUUGAACACCAUCAUGGACUACGACAAGGUCAUGGUACUGGACAAAGGAGAGAUCAAGGAGUACGACUCACCUCGGGCUCUUCUAAACGAUAGGAAUACGGUAUUCUACGGUAUGGUGGCAGAUGCCAACAUCUCUCAGCAAUCCUCUUAA